CAAUUGCUCGGACACAAUCGUGUAGACAUCUCGUGCGUCAAUCGCCACAAAUAAUGAUAACGCUAUAACCCUUGUUAUCGCAUAUCCCGGAACGUCUGCAAGCUUUGAACAAUACGGAUCUAUCGUCUAUGUGUUAGGUAACUACAGCGGUAUAGCGCCAGUUUACUGCAUUUAGAAGUCUAUAUAAACAAGUGUCCACUUUGAUACAUUUUACUGACAAGCGAACUGUCGCGCCCGCUUCCAAGCAUCGUGUUACAAGCAACGUGGUGUGCUCUCAAGUUACGCGUGAUUCGUAACAAAAAUGUACAACAGAACAAGUGCGACUCUAAUGUUGCAGACCAUAAUGGUGCUAAUGGAGAAGCAGAACUUGACGGAUGUCACCAACUUCCCCGGCACGUUUUAUGAGGAUGCGGAGAUCGAGCGCUGCUAUGAUAAGUUUGGAUGUUUCUCGAAGGCGUAUCCCUGGACCGAGCAUCGACCUGAUAAUAACUUUCCAGCUCCGCCUGAAUCUCUAGGAGUGAGGUAUGCGGUGUUUACUAGAAGAAAUAGAAAGCUGCCCGUCUUAUUAAAAACAGAUGACACAGAAAAAAUACAAAAUGCUAAUAUUGACCCGAAGGGACCAUUUUAUUUUAUAUCUCAUGGAUUUCUGGAAGGAGGACAUAAAAUAUGGAUACAGAAUAUGGCAGAUGCUUUGUUAAAUUUGGAAGGCAAUGACGCAGCGUCUGUGAUUGUGGUGGACUGGAGGAGAGGCUCGCAGCCCCCGUACGGACAGGCUGUGGCCAACAUACGGCUAGUGGGCGUUAUGACUGCACAUCUUAUGUAUAACAUUUAUAAUAAUUUAAGGUUGCGGAAUCUGGAAAACUUCCAUUUCAUUGGUCAUUCACUCGGGGCACAUCUGGCUGGCUAUUGUGGACAUGCUUUGCAGAAGGAGUUUAACCUAAAGCUGGGUCGAAUAACCGGGCUAGACCCGGCUGCGCCAUAUUUCAGCAACACCGUUACGUUGGUGCGCCUGGAUCGUUCCGACGCGCACUAUGUCGAUAUCAUACACAGCAAUGCCAUGCCCCUCUACUACUCAGGUUUUGGAAUAUCGGAACCCAUAGGCCACGUGGACUUCUAUCCAAAUGGCGGAUCCACGCAGCCCGGGUGCAAAGACGAUGGAGGGUACCGCAGUGUGGGUGACAGCGACAUGUACAUGCAGGUCGUCAAGUUCGUAGGCUGCAACCACGAGAGGAGCUAUGAGUACUUCACUGAGAGCAUUGCACCCAACUGCCCGUUUAUUGCCAUACAGUGCAAGUCUUAUGAGAGUUUUUUGGCGGGUAACUGUUCCACAUGCGACAACAAACAUCUUUGUAUACCCAUGGGCUACCACUCUUUAAAUGUCUACAGGAGGUUACAAAUGGGAGAGCUGGUCGAUACAAAUUCCAACAUAGCUUUGUUUGCUCUGACUGGAGGCAACAAACCUUAUUGUAGGGUACACUAUGAAGUAACAUUGAAGGUGUCGAACUCCAGCGAGAGUAGGAUACAUGGACCGGAUGUCGGGAGAGUGUCUCUGACGCUGCUCGACAGAAACAACAAUAAAAGUGAUCAUAAGUUCCUCAAUACUGAACAGAAAUACUAUAGGCCUGGCUAUACAGAGAAAGGAUUGAUUGCAUUCAAGGACACAGGACACCCACCUGUUGCAGCAAUUGUUGAGUGGAAAUAUGAAACAGAUUUGUUGAACCCGCUUACUUGGCGGCUGUUGAAGUCUUCUAGCAUUUACAUCGAGUAUAUAAAGAUAUCUUCGAUCGAGUACAACACUGAGAUAACCAUAUGUCCAAAACUAAAGAAACCAGCUGUCACCAACUUGGCAACCAUUAUGAAACCCAAAUAUUGUGUUCACACAUAAUACGUUAACAUGGUGUACUAAAACAGCCUUUAUAACAAUGCAAUUUAUUUACCAAAAGUAUUCUUAUAGUAUUUCUUUAUUAAAUAAGCUAUGUGUACUAAAAUUAUUAAAAUAUAUUUGUAAAUACUUUAUUAACAUAAGUAAAUAUUAAUUGUAUACAUAUUAAUUAUAUAUUAAGAAAAUUAAAUAUUAAUAAAA